UCUCACUCCCUACUGAGCAUUACUAAACGGAUAUUUAACGCUACUUGACCAAGACACCACCCCUACCAGGUCCAACCUGCUGCUAUGUGUAAAGGACUGGCAUCGCUCCCUACUUGCUGCUUGGAACGGGCCAAGGAGCUGAAAGCAAGGCUGGGAAGCAUUUUGCUAAAACCCAGUUGGAAUAUAUCAGGCUGCAAAACAGGGCAAAAUAAGCCAACCCUGGAAGAAUGCCUUAGGUGGAAACAGUCCUUUGAAAAACUUCUGUCCAGCAAACAUGGACUGUGUGCCUUCACAGCCUUCCUGGUGUCUGAGUUCAGCGAGGAGAACAUUGCGUUCUACUUUGCCUGUGAGGAUUACAGGAGUACCAAGUCUCCUGCCAAACUAUCAGCAAAAGCCCAGAAGAUCUAUGAUGAAUUCAUCGGCAGUGAUGCUCCCCGGGAAAUUAACAUUGACCACGAAACUCGUGACAUCACCAAAGCCAACAUGCUGAUGCUAUCACCUUCUUGCUUCGACUUGGCCCAGCACAAGAUCUACAUGCUCAUGGCCAAAGACUGCUACCCUCGCUUCCUUCGCUCUCCAGCCUACAGGGAUCUAGUGUGCCAAGCCACAACAAGUGCCAAGGCCACCGGGCAGGAGAAGAAGGCGUGAAAUCUCGGCGCAAGCUGCCAGAGGAUUGUUAGUGGUCACCUCAAGUGUUGAGAAGGCAAGAAUUCAGUGCUGCAUCAGGAAGCCUCAAGCGGUUGCAGACACAGAAAUCGGUGCAGCAGUUCAUGGACGCAUUCUGUAGACGCCGUCAAUUCGAAGAUUGAAGAGAAAAGGAAAAGAAAGAAAACGUUGAUGCCUUAAGUGGACUUUUGUGUGAAUAUAGACGCAGGUUGGACAGCAAAGUCAACUGAAAGUGUUACACUGAGUGACAAUCAAACAGGAGAGCAAGCGAAGUGGGAAAAGCACUUAUGUUUUGUGGUUGUGAUGUACAGUGUCCCUCUGUCGAAGUCUUACAAUGUUUGUGAACAGGCAUGUAGGUUACUUCAUGAUUUUGUAUUUAUUUGUAUUUAUUUGCUUGUAAUAUAUUUAUUGCAUUUUUACCAAAGAUGAAAAAUGUGCUAUUUAAUUUAUAAUAUAAUAAUAUUUAUAUCACUGUUGUCUU